GGGAUGUAUAAAAACAUAACCUUCAAUGUUUGACACCCUGAAAUCCUAGAUGUUACUCUUCUAAGAAGCAAAGACAAAAUCGGUCGUUUUCAUAACAUUGGAUCAUUAGCCGUGAAGAGUUUGAUAUCGAAAGACAUCGUACAUAAUACGCGCCUAAACAGCUAACAAUGGAUGAAAUGGAGUUGGAAAAUCCUGGCGAAGAGGAGAAAAAUGAUAGUGAUUUCCUUUUGGACUCUGAUGAAGAAGAGGUUAACAAUCUUGAUAAUUCCAACUAUAAUAUGAUAGAGGACGAAGCAAAUUUCGAAAAAGAAAUAGGAAUGGAUGACGAUGAUAUUGACGACGACAGCGAUUCUGAUGACGAACAGGCUAACGAAGCAGAAAUCAAACUCUUGAAUGCUAAGCUGGAAGAAAAUCCCUAUGAUUAUUCUAGCCAUGUUGCUUUGAUAACAAAAUUGCAAGAGAUGGGCCAGAAAUAUUCAGAUCAACUGAAGAGUGCCAGAGAAGCUAUGAGCUCCAAGUAUCCUCUUAGCUCUGAACUAUGGCUUUCCUGGUUGCGAGACGAAAUCAGUUUGGUUAAAACCAGCUCUGAACGAGAGGCGGUCACCGAGUUGUGCGAGCGAGCAGUGAAAGACUAUCUUUCUGUGGAAGUUUGGUUGGAAUAUCUUCAGUUCGCUAUAGGAAGUUUGGGUACUACUACCGAUGCUGCUAAAGAUGUUAGAAACUUGUUUGAACGGGGAUUGACCUGCGUUGGCUUGCACGUUACCAAAGGCGCGAUCAUAUGGGAAGCAUUUAGAGAAUUUGAAAAUGUGUUAGUCUUAAUGAUCGAUGCAUCCAACGAGUCGGAGCGCAAAGAACAGAUAAAUCGCGUUGGUGCUUUAUUCAGACGUCAGUUAAGUUGUCCUCUACUUGAUAUGGAAAAAACAUAUGAAGAAUACGAAGUGUGGCGUGCUGGCGAUGGAGCACAAGCAACCCUAGACGACAAUGUUGUUUUAACUGGCUACGAACGAGCGUUCGCAAAACUGAACUUGCGUUUACCUUUUGAAGAAAAACUCAUCUCAGCUCAAAGUGAGCCUGAAUUAUUAGAUGCCUAUAAAGCAUAUCUACUUUAUGAAAAACAACACGGAGAUCCAGCACGUGUCAAUAUACUUUACGAACGAGCCAUAGUUGAGCUUAGUUUGGAAGGUUCACUGUGGUUGGAAUAUAUUACAUACAUGGAAAAUAAUCUAAAAAUUCAAUCCAUUUUGGAACCACUGUAUGAGAGAGCUACUAGAAAUGUACCAUGGUAUGUAGUCAUUUGGCAAAAAUGGUUAAGAGCCUAUGAAAGAUGGGAUAAACCGUUAACCGAAGUGCAGACAUUACUGGAGAAAGGUUUAAUGGCUGGUUUCACAUCUGCUGAAGAAUAUCGCAGUAUGUGGCUGACUUAUCUGGAGUAUCUACGUCGCAGGAUUGAUCUAUUCCCGGAUGACAGGCAGAAACUUUUGAAAAUUAUCAGAGAAACAUUCAAUCGCGCUUGUGAAUAUUUGGCAAAAGCGUUCGGUUUGGAGGGUGAUCCAGGAUGUGUGGUAUUGCAGUACUGGGCCAGAACCGAAGCAAUUCAUGCAAAUGACAUGGAAAAGGCUAGAACUUUGUGGGCUGAUAUACUCUCUCAGGGACAUUCCACAGCUGCUGCCAGCUGGUUGGAAUAUAUUGGUUUGGAAAGGUGCUACGGAGAUACGAAGCAUCUUCGUAAAUUGUACCAAAAAGCACUGGGAUCUGUCAAAGAUUGGCCAGAAAGUAUAAUCAAUGCUUGGUUAGAUUUUGAGCGGGACGAAGGGACAUUGGAACAGUUAGAAUCCUGCGAGGCGAAAACAAAAGAAAAAUUGGAAAAAGUUGUCGAAGAGCGAAAAAAAGUGCAAGCUGCUGCGUUGCCACAUGAAGUUACACCUGCGCCAGCUAAACGGGCAGGUAAAAGAAAACCUGAAGAUACAGGUCGAUGGAAAAACUUGCAUGGAUCUCCGAAUAAGCAAGGAAAGUUUGAAGCAACUACAAAGCCAAAGUUGAGGGAAAGCGUUCUUAGUGUGGACAGUAAAAUAACACCACCACCUGGCUACAAGUCAUCCAAAGACGAAUCUAGCACCAAGUCGAAACUUGCACCACCACCAGGAUAUAAGUCAAAGGAAGUUGAAAAGAUGGAUGAAGAUAACUCGCGCACUGUUGAUGAGAGAAUAACCGUUUUUGUCAGCAACUUGGAUUACAAUGCAACCGAAGAUGAAGUAAGAAAUGCCUUAGAACCUGCAGGACCGAUCACUCUUUUCAAAAUGGUACAAGAUUUUAAGGGUCGCAGUAAAGGGUUCUGUUACGUGCAGCUUAGCAGUGCAGAUAGUGUUGAGCUGGCACUUAAAUUAGAUAGAACACCAAUUAACGGCCGACCCAUGUUUGUUUCUCGAUGCGAUCCUGAUAAAACGACCAGAGGACCAGCAUUCAAGUAUAGCUGUGGAUUGGAAAAGAACAAACUUUUUGUAAAAGGUUUGCCUUUGACGAUGACAAAGGAGCAAAUUGAAGAACUCUUCGGUGCUCAUGGUGUCCUAAAGGAAGUUCGCCUUGUAACGUAUCGCAAUGGGCACUCUAAAGGUAUUGCUUACGUUGAUUUUAAAAGCGAAGCUGACGCGAGCAAAGCACUGAUAGCUACUGAUGGAAUGACCAUAGAAGACAAAGUAAUCAGUGUUGCUGUCAGUCAACCUCCUGAACGCAAAAAGGGGUCGAUCAAUGACGACGUCAGUCUUAUUAAAUCUCUUGGCGGGACAACCACAAGCCGAACUGGUUCCAAUGCGCCGAAAACUAUGCUUUCUAUGAUACCACGUAGUGUGAAACCUCUUUCCAAAAAUGGCGAUGCAGGAAUAUCAGGUAACGUUAUUAGCAAGGAACCACUGAGUAAUGCAGAUUUUAGAAAUCUGCUACUUAAAAAUAAAAAAUAAUUUGACGC